ACAACGUGACAGCAACAAGACAGUCCAUGUAAAUCCAAACAUGUCACAUUUGACACCUGGAUCUGUCAGACACUUCUCUGCGAACUGGGAAAAAAGAAGGUAAAUUAUAAGCAACAUUAGUGAUUUAUCAAAUAAUCUGUGUCUUAAUUGCUUUGGUUAAUAGUUUCCUGUUUGGUUGUGACAAGUGUAAUAAAAAGCAACGCACGAAACACAUUGUUUGAGUGAGCUUUCCUGGACCCAUUCUGUGUUAUUGGCGCCGUACUUGUGUUUGACAGGUGUGUUCUUUGAGAACGUAUCGCGUUGGAAUCAUAUCGCGGAGCAGAUCGGUUGAGAUCGUGUCGUGUGAUUCAACGGGAGUCGUAAUUAUUCGAUCCUUUCUGCCUGUUGCAUCGUGCACUAUCAAUUCAAAUAGAAAAACCUUCUCAAAAUGGGCGGGAAGCGCACCAAGGGAAACACCAAGCCUUCAAGCAGUGGCCGCAGUGCGGAACUGCUCGGUACAUCCGUACCGACGUUGUUCGGGUUUGCCGCACUAGACAGUACGAGCAUGCCGGUAGUGCCCGGGUUUGUACAGAUCGACGCAAACCAUAGCGUCGACGAGAUGGACCCCAACCUGGACGAUACGCUGCAAAUAGUGUUGCGCAAGAUGCUGAAGAAGGAUCCGACCACCAAGAAGAAGGCCUUGCUCGAGUUUACCGAGCUGAUAAACAGCGUUGAGCUGGAGGUAGUGAAGGCGGUGCUCCCAUUCUGGCCACGCCUGUUUGUCAAUCUAUCUACCGAUGCGGAGCACCGGGUGCGUGAAGCAAGCCAGCAAGCGCAGGCCGCAAUAGUGACCCGAGCCGGUAAGGAAAUUGCUCCUUUCCUGAAGCAGCUUGCUCCGGCUUGGAUUUCUUCACAGUACGAUACGUAUGGACCAGCCGCAAGUUCAGCCCUGCAUUCGUUCAAUAGUGCUUUCCCACCGGGCAAGGUGAACGAUGUGUUUGUGUUUUGUGAGAAUGAAAUACUGGAAUACUACACGAGAAAUCUAACCGUCCACACGGCCAUCACGUUAAGCAAUCCGAAGUCACAUACGCCGGAAGAGUGUGAAAACAAAUAUCAACGCGUGCUCAUAUCCAGCUUGAGAGGGUAUGCGCUUUACCUUAGCAAAAUUCCUACGGAGAAUUUGAAAAAAUCGACUGACAAAAAUGCAACACUGCUCGAAAGUCCAAAAUUUUGGACGUACCACAAGCACAAAACGGCUGCAAUUCGAUCUGCCUGGUUUGAGGUGAUUUCCGCACUGUUGCAGUACGCACCAUUCCUGGUGGAACAACACCAGGCACAGAUUACGACGAGUGUGUUCCAGUUUCUAGACGAAACGGAUCCAACGGUUGUGACGCACGUCUGGAGCUCGAUCGUGCUGAUCCAGGCCAAUCUGCAAGGCUGGCAUAAGCAUCUAAACUUCGAUAAGGCCGUUUUUCCGAAGCUUUGGAAGUUGCUCAAAUCUGGCGGUGGUGGUAAUGCUGCAUGCGUUUAUCCACACAUGCUUCCACUUGUGUCGGGUUUUACGCGCGAAGUGCUCGGUGAGGAGCGGUUAGCAAAGUUUUACAACCUUUUCUUCGAGAGCAUGAACGAAGGCUUGAAAGCGGUACAGUCGAGCCGGGCAGAUGUUACCGCUGUAUCACAGGCAUACUACGAAGCGUUCCAGUACGUCGUAUUGCAAGCAUUGCGUGAUGAAACGAUGCCGGAAACGGCACGGGAAGAGUUCUGUUUGAACAUGCUCGAGCAGCACCUGGUCGGUGUGAUUGCGUGGUGUAUUACGAGUGAAGCGGCCCAAGGAAAGUAUGUGUUUCAAAGCAUGGCCAACUUGCUCGAUCACUGGUGCCAACACAGUGCCACUCAUCAGCUGUACGUGCGUUUGCUCGUAACGUUCUGGGAGCGGUUGUACGGCGUCGUCAAGGAAAGUGUUGAUUGUAAAGAAAAUACGGCAAACAUUACCGAUUCCCACAUCGAGCUGGUGCAAAACUUGCGGCGAACUUCCCACAAGCGGGUAAAGUUUGCGGUAGAAAAUCCCCCGGUAGAUGCAGUGGAUGGUGGAACCUGCCCAUUAACUACCGGUGAUCAUGCGAAUCGUUUCGAAAAUCAGUUACAGCUCCUGGUUUAUCGAAUCUGUCAGCUUUACAUUGCUAAAAUCAGUGUCGAUCGCGAUGAGGGUUACAUACUGCAGCUGGAGUACCUGGUGCGGGCAUUCCAGUGCCGGGAACUGUUUGUAUUUUUAGCGCACGACAGUCCUAACAUCAAGUGUCUGUUCGAUACGUUUGCUCGAUGGUUGCAGGACGCAAAGCUGCAAUCGGAAUACGUCGUGGAGUUGAUCAUGAUCCUGUACAAAUAUCUAACCGCAGACGAACGGCUGGCGCUGUUGAACAAAUGGAUAAAGAUGUCGAACAAAACCGUUCAAAGCUGGAUCAUUCUUCGGGCGCUCAGUCAUCCACUGUGUCAAGAACCGAACAUAAAGCUGUUCCUUUCACAGCCAGAAGUAUCCAGUAACAUAAUUGAAUGUGCUGUCGGUGUCGCAAAUGGUAACACGAAGGACAACAUGAUACUGUUGCAAAAAUGCUUUUUCGUAGCGAGCAAUGGUGAAAUAUUGAUCGAUGCCGAAACGUGUAAGAAAAUCAUCGACACCGUUACACACCCGAUACGGGACGCAUCGAAGAAGGAAUUACACGAUGGAUGUAUAAGUUUCCUUGCACAAAUAAUGCCCGUCAUUUGUAGUGACGGCAGGCUGACGGAAUUGCAUCGUACGCUGUUCUGCACGCUGUUCGAUUUUAGCGUGCAUAAUGUAGUGAGCGAACAUCUUUCGGAGGACACAUUGUGGGAGGCAACUACGGCGUGGCAGGAUGCACUAUCCGGUGAAGAUAUUGAACUAGACGACACACUUACCGCACUGUGCAUGGAUACGAUCGACGAUCGUUUGUGCACUCUCGCUGGUGUGGUACAGGAAGACGUAUUAAUGCUGCUCGAGAAAGUGGCAGAAAUUACUGCCAAAUUGAUUGCUUGCGCCACCGAAUCUAACAAACACGACAAACCCAAACGUUGCCAACAGAUUAAUUUAAUGCUGAAGCAACUGUUCGAAAAACGAGUAUCUGAAGUAGGUGCUCAAACGGAAGAGGUAGCACAUUUGGCGGAAUAUAUCGAGCUGAUCCAGGGGCGACUUAUUACAAAGCAAUCGAAACUCAAUACAUCGCCCGCUCUGUCCAAGCAACAGUUUGUUGUUGGUAUGCGGAACACGCUUAUACGGGCCCUCUGUUCAGUUAGCAUCGUGUUAAAGUUAUCAUGCAAAGCGACACUUCGACCGUCACCAAUGAAAAUGGAAGAAACUGAACGAAUGGAAGUGGAUCAACCAUCUGCCGGUGAGGAACGUCACGAUAUGGAUGUGUGUGAAACUAAUGACGAUGAAAAUGAAGAACUGUGGAUUUUGCACACUUGGUCCGAGUUGAUCUACGAGAAGGUACUGUCUGUGAUAUAUUUGGCCUCUGUUGGGGAUACGGUACUGUACAAUACGGAGCAGCUUGAAUCGGUCGUGGAAUGUUUGAUAUUCGCGGUUCAGGAGAAGCUUUCACACCUGUUGAGAAAUGUAGCACGUGAUAUUGUACAGCAGAUUAAGCAGAAGCUGUUUGCCUUAGCGAACGAACACGGUAUGGUCUGGGCAAAAUGUCUAAAUGCACUGCUAGUGAUCGAUCAGUACGUGGAUGAGGAAAAUGGACCCGUUCUGUUAUACGAGGACGCUUCAACCGUAGCUAACAAUAGUGAGGAGCUCGUGGCGUAUAUAAAUAUUGUGCAGUGCUUAAGCGCCAAAAUGAAACCCAAAUGUCUUCCGAUCGGUCCGAAUCUGUUCGAAAACUAUUUCGACGUAAUGGUGAAACUUGCGUCCGCGCGCUGUCUGAUAGAGAACCAUUUCUCCACUAACUACAACGAAUUAAACGAUAGGAAAAUUAUAGGCAAUUGCUUAAUAGUACUGCAUGAGCUCAUCACCAGACAAGCGACCAAUAAAAUGUUGCUAUACAAUUGUGAUCUUGCACAAGCCGACGAAAACAAAAUCUUCCUCGACGUGGAGGUGGCUAACGUGCUAACGGUGGUGUUGCGUCAUUUUCCCUCGGAGUUGGAUAUAUCCAAAUGGGAUUUCAUCCGUAUUGCACUGAGCUCAUGGACGCUUUCCGUUUCAAAAAGCUUUCCCCACUAUCGUACGCAUAAUAUAUCGCUCUUCAUUGCUGCUUUGUUUAGAUUGUUUAGCAGACUGAUGCAGUUCUUUGCUGCAGAGCGAAAACGAAGCUCCUCGGAACUGUUAACGAAUGUGAUCGAGGAGUGGGACAAUGUGUUCGCGAAGGAUGUUAAUCUGGUACUGUUGAAAGCUUUUAUUGGAAUUGUGAAUGCGUUAGAUUGCGAACGUAAGUCGGAUCAAUAUUUUAUUGAAAGCAUAUGUUCGCACAUAGAGGCAGUUGAUUUUAAUCACGUAUUUAAGACAAAUAAGGUAGACUCCAAAACGUCCUUAGACGAUCUGAUUACAUUCUGCCUCACGAACAUUCGUCACUGGAAUAAACGCGUCCGAUAUGCAGCAACCGCAAUACUGAAAUCCCUAUCGAUUGGGCUAGUUCAGCGCGAUCAAGAACAGUUGCUGAAACGAUCCGAAGCCUCGGAACACCAUCAGGAGAGUGGCGAAGAACCAGAUGAUAACUGGCAUCUUUUGCGACGUUUCAAACUCCAGCUGGAUGAGUAUCAUCAUUUGUUGAACGAAUACGUAACCGAUUUUUCCUACAAACCAACGGACACGGAAGCGACGCUUAGUUUAGCUGAGAGUGAAAAGCAGCAGGAAAUAAGAUCACACUGCCUGUCGUACCUAUUGCUUUGGGACUGUAUUCUCGGUAUCUGUGCCAAAGCCUCAUCAGAGUUGCGAUCCAUUUACACCUCGUGGAUAUCGCGCAACGAGUUCGAAGAGCUCCUUCUGCCGGUACUGUUUAAGCUGAUGCCACAAGAAAUAUUGCGCAAUCCCGAUUCCUGUGCUGUGUACGGUCAGGCGAUGUUUUCCAACUUGGAAUGGAAUCAGAUUAAAAAUCCGAGCACAAAGCUGGAACGUUACGCUUGUCAUCUUUACGCCCAAACGCUUCGCCACCUGCCCGUAAUUUUGCGCCGGUGGUUCAACGGGUUAAACCAUCGGUAUUCCACAAUCGUGAGCAAAAUAACGGCCAACUCGGUGUCGGGCUUGCUGUGUCAGGAAGAAUUUCAAGCACUAAUCGAUCGGAAGGACCGACAGGACAAUAUGCAGAUCAAGGUACAUUCGGCUUUGCGCCAGGUGAUGGCAGUAUAUUCGAUUGACGAAGCAAAGAUCGAGCUACAUAUUACUCUGCCGAGUAACUUUCCACUCGGUGCCGUGACGGUGGAAGGCGGUAAACAAAUCGGAGGUCGCCUGCAGUCCCGUCAAGUCGUCAUGCAACUAUCGAUCUUUCUGACUCAUCAGAACGGAUCCAUUAAUGAUGGACUGUCGCUGUGGAAACGAAAUUUGGAUCGCAAAUUUGAAGGUGUAGAGGAGUGCUAUGUGUGCUACAGCGUUAUCCAUCAAGAUACUUGCCAACUGCCAAAGUUGUCCUGCAAGACAUGCAAGAAGAAGUUCCACGGACCAUGUCUGUACCGGUGGUUUAGCACGAGCAACAAAUCCACUUGUCCCAUUUGCCGACAUAUUUUCUAGGAGGUGUUCUUGUUCGAGUUCGAGAGAAGGACCACCCAUUCGAUUAGAUUGAUGAAGAUAGUAAUAUGUCUUUAUUUAAACCACACUCAAAAGUAAUCAAAACCGAUACGAACAAAAGCUAAACAUAA